AUGGACGGAGCCAAUAUUGAAAUGUGCGAGGAAUGCGGCAGGGAGAACAUGUUCAUCUUCGGCAUGCCUGUUGAGGAAGUGGAGGCCCUUGGUAGAAAGGGUUACAAGUCACAGGAAUUCAUUGAAAAGUCGCCCGCUUUGAAGCAGGCACUGAAUCAGAUCCGCGACGGCUAUUUCUCGCCUGAUGAACCAGACCUCUUCAAGGACAUCUAUAACACGAUGAUGUAUGGCGACCGGUUCAUGGUUUGCGCGGACUUUGACGACUACGCUCGAGCCCAAGCUGAGGUGGACAAGGCCUACGAAGACGAGAUGCGAUGGGCAAAAAUGAUGCUGUAUAACAUUGCCGGCUCAGGCAAGUUUUCAUCUGACAGAACCAUUCGGGAUUAUGCUGCGAACAUCUGGAACGUAGAACCGACGGAAGAAAAGAUGCCGGCGCCGUUUGAGACGCCAGCGCCGACGAAUCCUUCCAGCUAG